AUGGUUCUUGAUAAAGCGUUAGACCGGGAGGAACAACCUCAUCUAUUCCUGAAGCUGAUCGCUGUAGAUGGCGGAAACCCGCAGAGGUCUGGCUCUGUUAAUAUCGAUGUUACCGUUUUAGAUGUGAAUGACAACGCACCUGUGUUUAACCAGACUGUUUAUAGGGCGUCUUGUAACUGCGAGAGAUUUAGACUGGAAUCAAAACUCCAGAGUGUCGUAUUUUUUUUAGAAAAUACUCAAAUUGGUGGAGUGCCGAUUUCCUCGUACCUGUCCAUAAACUCCGAAAAUGGCAUAAUAAACGCAGUUCGUUCGUUUGAUUAUAAGCAAAUUAAACAGCUUAGUUUCGUUGUAAAAGCGCAGGACGGAGGAAAUCCUCCACUUAGCAGUAACGUGAGUGUGAAAAUAAUCAUUCAGGACCAGAACGACAACGCCCUGUAUCCGGUCCAGUCAGGUGCUUCUGUGGUGGCUGAAAUAGUGCCUCGUUCGGCUGAUGUGGGUUAUCUGGUGACUAAAGUGGUGGCUGUUGAUGUGGACUCUGGACAGAAUGCCUGGCUCUCAUAUAAACUGCAGAAAGCCACAGACAGGGCGCUGUUUGAAGUGGGCUUACAGAAUGGAGAAAUAAGAACUGUACGCCAAGUGACAGAUAAAGAUGCUGUCAAACAAAGACUCACUGUUGUAGUGGAGGACAACGGGCAGCCCUCUCGAUCAGCUACAGUCAAUGUUAACGUGGCGGUGGCGGACAGCUUCCCUGAAGUGCUCUCAGAGUUCACCGACUUUACGCACAAGGAUUACAACGACAACCUGACUUUCUAUCUGGUCUUGGCUUUGGCUGUAGUUUCGUUUCUCUUUAUCGUGUCUAUCAUUGCCAUACUGUCAGUCAAAUGCUACAGAUGGAGACGCGAGCGGAUGUUUUACAAAUCUGGAGCGAAUCUUCCAGUUAUUCCGUAUUAUCCGCCUCUUUACGCAGACGUAGGGGGCACAGGAACUUUACAGCACGUGUACAAUUAUGAGGUUUGCAGAACCACUGACUCCAGAAAGAGUGAUCUGAAAUACGGCAGACCUUGCAGUGAGAGCAUCAUUAGUCUGGACACCAGCGGAACACAGACACUCACGUAUGCGCAAAGAGAAAAACAAACCAACCAAGAUUUCAUGAUCAGGUGA